AUGGCCGAUGACGACCCGCAUCUGUCGCUGCCCACCCCCGACGCAGCUCAGAGCUCGUCCGCCUCCUACUUCUACCCCUUCGCGACAUCCCCAGACAUCAUCCGCUCGCACGAGAAAGAUGUCUUCCUCACCAGCGGGCUAGUCCAACAAGCCCAAACCAUCAUCCGCUCCCUCCGCGGCGCCCGCUACGCCCACACCCACUCCGACGCCAUCAAGCACUUCACCGAGCUGCUCUACUUCUCCCUAACCACCGCCAUCGGCAACCGCACCCUUGGCGAGGAAUACUGCGACCUCGUCCAGCUGGAAGACGACACCCUCCGCCUACCUGCCAUCGGCCGGCGCGUCGGCGGCGGCUUCCCCGCGCUGCGCCAGCGCGUGCGCAGCAAGCUUGAGCGCAGCAUCGCCAAGCAGCAGCUCCACGCCGUGCAGCAGGCUGGCCUGCUCACCAAGACCCCGUCCAGCGCAGCGAGUAAGCAGCGAAAACCGUUCUCCACCAAACUGCGCAUCCAGCAGUAUAUCCUCGAGCACCUCGACUCGAUCACCUCCCUCUCGCCCAUCUAUGUGCUCAGCAUCGCCACAUUCUAUUUCACGGGCUCAUAUUAUCACUUGUCCAAGCGUAUUUGGCGCCUACGAUAUGUGUUCACCAAGAAGAUCGAGGAGAACGAGCAGCGCAUCGGAUACGAGGUGCUCGGCGUGCUGAUGGUGCUACAGAUCGCCGUGCAAGGGUUCCUGCAUGUGCGGAACAUCGGAAAGAGCAUGAGCGAAGAUCAAGAUGAGCCUGCGGAAUCCGGUGAGAACCGCUCAGAAGGCGGAUCGCUUAUUUCCUCGAUUCAGCAUCCCGCUGCUGUGCCGUUGCUUCCUGCGUCUACGGCCCGGUUUGAUCUUGAGAGAGAUCCUGGGGCGGUGGCAUGGAUUCCCGACGGCCAGCAGCGCAAGUGUACUUUGUGCUUGGAGGCUUUCAAGGACCCCAGUGUGACGACUUGUGGACAUGUGUUCUGCUGGGUUUGUGUGAGGGAUUGGGUGAGGGAGAAGCCGGAAUGUCCGCUGUGUCGGCAGGAGGUGCUGCUGUCCAAGGUACUUCCUCUGAGAGGGUAA